AUGAGGCUGAAGAGGGAAAAGGAUGGAACAUUUAUCGUAAAAGAGAUAGUCUGGGAACACAACCACAUGCUACAGCUCACUCCGCAAAUGCUUGUCUUCUUGCACUCCCACAAAAACUUUGACAAAACAAUCUUGGAGUACAUCAAGUACUUGCAGUUCAAAGGCAUUGAACACGCGCAAAUCAUGAGCAUACUGGGCGGUGAUGACCCCGGUAGCUACUUCCUCGAAAUGAAUGCCAAAGACCUGAUUAACCUCAAAGCAAAGAAUUCAAGGAUUGAUGAUGUGGACGAUGUCCUAAAGACUGUCAACUUCUUUAGGGAGAUGAAAGCUAUAAACAGGGAAUUCUUCUAUGACAUGCAACUGGAUGAGUCCGACAGAGUUAAGAACAAAUUCUGGGCGAACGCAAGCUGCCGAGGGGCCUAUCAGGACUUUGGUGACCGUGUAACGUUUGACACCACAUAUAAGACCAACAAGUACCAUAUGCCACUUGGGGUGUUUGUCGGUACUAACAACCACUUACAGACUACAUUCUUUGGUUUCGCCCUGAUAAGAGAUGAGGAUGCAGAUUCAUUCAGAUGGAUGUUCAAGACAUUUUUAAGGUGCAUGAGAGGGAAGGAUCCUACAUGCAUCCUCACAGACCAGUGCCCGGCAAUGGCUUUGGCGAUCCCAGAUGCUUUCGGGAACAGGGUACACAAGUUGUGCCGCUAG